AUGAUUCUACCUGACUUCAUCCACCCAACCAUUCUUCUACAGUUUUGCUUUCUUUUUUUUUUUUUUCUUUCUGUUUGUAACUUUGUUGCUCUUUACUACUUUCCCUCUUUUUGCUUGCAUUUUUCUUUUUUUUUUACUUCUUUUGUUUUCUCUCCUUGUGAAUCUUUCUUGUAUUUCCUCAUUCGUUUACUUUCUCUUUCCAUGGCAUCUUAUUCUCUCUCUCCCCUUACCGCUCUCUCUCUCUCCCCUUACCGCUCUCUCUCUCCCCCCUUACCUCUCUCUCUCUCCCCUUACCGCUCUCUCUCUCUCUCCCCUUACUCUCUCUCUCUCCCCGCUCUCUCUCUCUCCCCUUACCGCUCUCUCCCCCUCCCUUGCCCGCUCUCUCUCCCCUCCCUUGCCGCUCUCUCUCUCUCCCUUGCACUCUCUCUCUCUCCCCUUACCGCUCUCUCUCUCUCUCCCCUUACCGCUCUCUCUCUCUCUCCCCUUACCGCUCUCUCUCUCCCCUGCCCCUCUCUCUCUCCCCUUACUCUCUCUCUCUCUCCCCUCUCUCUCUCUCUCCCCCUCCGCUCUCUCUCUCCCCCCUCCGCUCUCUCUCUCCCCCCCACUCUCUCUCUCUCUCCCCUUUGCCACUCACUCUCUCUCUCUCCCCUUUGCCACUCUCUCUCUUUGCCACUCUCUCUCUCUCUCUCCUCUCUCUCUCUCUUCCACUCUCUCUCUCUCUCUUUGCCACUCUCUCUCUCUCUUUGCCCUCUCUCUCUCUCUUUUGCUCUCUCUCUCUCUUUGCCACUCUCUCUCUCUUUGCCACUCUCUCUCUCUUUGCCACUCUCUCUCUCUUUGCCACUCUCUCUCUCUUUGCCACUCUCUCUCUCUUUGCCACUCUCUCUCUUUGCCACUCUCUCUCUCUCUCUUUGCCACUCUCUCUCUCUCUCUUUGCCACUCUCUCUCCUUUUUCUUCCUCUUUCUGUCUGUCUCAAUCUUCUUUCCACCUUGCUAGCUUAA